AAGAAUUAUAAAUAAAUGGAUGUUAUUCUUGGCUACGUGGAUGAAUUCCGACAUAUGAAAUUUAGAAAGGUAUAAUGAGAAGUGAUUAAAAUUCAGAUAAUAUUACAAAUAGUAUCGUUAGCAAUAGUAGUAGGAUCAGCAUUGUCAAUAUGGAAGAGUUUAUAAGUGGUGUCAUUUUCAGAAUCUCCAGUUGUGGUUGUUUUAUCUGGAUCAAUGGAGCCUGCAUAUUACAGAGGUGAUAUCUUAUUUUUGACAUACUUUAAUAAACCAUUUGAGGUAGGAGAUGUUAUUGUAUACAAAAUAAAAGAUUAAGACAUUCCUAUUGUUCAUAGAGUAUUAUAAAUUUAAUAGAAGUAAGAAUGUAUAUAAUAUUGUAAAAAGGAGUGAUGAUCCAUUAGAUUAAUUGAUAUUAACAAAAGGUGAUAAUAAUUAAGUAGAUGAUAGAGCAUUAUAUCCAAGAAAAUAAAUGUGGCUAGAAAGAUCAGAUAUAAUGGGCAAAAUAGAAGGGUUUUAAUAGUUUAUUUAUUUAUUAGAGUACUUCCAUAUGUAGGGUACAUCACAAUAUUAUUAAAUGAUUAUCCUUCAUUAAAAUUUGUGAUGAUUGGUUUAAUGAGUUUGUUUGUAUUAACAGCUAAAGAUCCAUAGAGUUGAGUAUUUAUUAAUUAAAAUAAUUGACUAAAUGUAAAUAAAG